AUGUCUGACGGAGAUCCCUCCCUUGAAGAAGAUGUACCAAAGCCUCUAUUGGAAAGACCUGAAGAAAAUGUAUUUACUCCAAAGAUAGCAACUCCUAUUUACGCUGGUGGUGUGAAAUUACAACACAAGAAGUCAGACGCUAUUGAAACAGAAUUAUUUCUGACUGACUCGCAAAGAAAUGACCUUGCGUUCCAAGAGUUGUUCCAGGGUGGAGAUGGAGAUUAUAUUGAAACGGAGAGGGAGACGGAGGAGAAGAUGGCCGACAUGCACGCCAUGUCUGUCCUGAGUACUUACCACGACAAUCUCUCCCAGGAUUUGAACACCGACCGAGACAACGGUAGCGAAGCGUCCACGCGCGAGGCCGAAGAGUGCGGUUGCGGCGAACCUGCCACUUUGUACCCAGACGCGUCCAACAAUAAUGGCAAACCCGUGGCCAAUCAUUGCUCGAUAGUUAUGGGUGGCAUUCUUAACAACCCGUCACUGACCUUCAACGAUGGCGUCCGUUCGGUGGACUUCGUGCUUGUAUGGGAGGCGGGGAAGGAGGACGCCACCACUCCCGAGGCUUUCCAUCAGAGAAAAAUAUUCGAGCAGAACCUCGAGGCCGAGGGACUGCAGUUGGAGAGAGAGGCGCCGGAGGACUUGCACGGCUUGCAUUUCGUUAAGAUACACGCGCCGUUGGGAGUGUUAAGGGACUACAGUGAAAUACUGAAGCUUCGAAUGCCUAUGAAGGACUGCAGUAAAAUAAGAAAAAGUGGGAGGACGAAUGCAAUACUGAAUGCCGCCAUGUAUAUGUCGAAGUUCUCAGCAUUAAAAGAUGUGCAAGAGAAAACGAACAGCGUACUAGACCGGAUGGAGGCGUGCUGGGAUCGCAUCAUGUCGAAGAUCAGGGUAGAUCCGCAGAUGUUCCCUGAACGGAAGCACCGACUCACAGCCAUUUACUCAAAGGACAAGGAGUACUUGUUUGACACUGGGUCAGAUUGUUUCUGGACGCCAUCGAUACGCUCCCGCAUCGUGCAAUUCAUACUGGACCGGAAACGUUUCUCGGAGUUGCCUAGCGACGACUUCGCGUUUGGAAUCGGCCGACUUAUAUCGAACAAUACGUACAGUGCUGCCUAUCCUCUUCAUGACGGCAAUUUAAAAACACCUGGCUCUAUGCGAUACCUACUGUAUACGGAGUGGGCGAGUGUAACGAAGUGUUUGAAAUAUCAACCGUUAGAUUACGUCAAGGAUUACUUUGGUGUAAAAAUUGGGCUGUACUUUGCCUGGCUCGGCUUCUAUACACAUAUGCUCAUCCCGGCGUCUAUUGUUGGACUUAUAUGCGUCAUAUACUCCGCCGCAACUGUCUACUCUAAUAAACCGAGCGAAGACGUGUGCAACUACGUGUCCAAGAUAAAGAUGUGUCCGCUGUGCGACUACUUCUGCGAGUACUGGGACUUGCGAGACACGUGCCUCCAGUCGCGGAUCACGUACCUCUUCGAUAAUAAUACCACUGUGUUCUUCGCCAUUUUUAUGAGCUUUUGGGCCGCUUGUUUCCUGGAACUGUGGAAACGAUAUUCCGCUGAAAUGACUCAUAGAUGGGACCUCACUGGAUUUGAUGUGUACGAGGAACAUCCCAGACCGCAGUACCUGGCUCGACUUGCACAUGUUAAGCGGAGACAGCUGAACGUGGUGACGGGCGAGCGCGAGCCGAUGGUGCCGUUCUGGCGCAUGCGGCUGCCCGCCACGCUCAUGUCGUUCAGCGUGGUGGCGCUGCUGGUGCUGCUGGCGCUGGCCACGGUGCUGGGCGUCGUGCUGUACCGCAUGUCGCUGCUGGGUGCCAGCAUCCUGCGCCGCAACGACAACGUGCUCAUCACCUCCAACCCCAUCAUGUUCACCACCGCCACCGCCGCCUGCAUCAACCUCGUCUUCAUAUGCAUCUUCAAUUAUGUGUACCAGUGCUUAGCGGAAUGGUUAACUGAGAAGGAGUUGUUGCGCACCCAGACGGAGUUUGACGACUCAUUGACGCUCAAGAUAUAUCUCUUGCAGUUCGUGAACUACUACGCGUCCAUUUUUUACAUCGCAUUCUUUAAGGGCAAAUAUGUCGGCCGACCCGGUGACUAUGUGAGACUGUUUGGUCAUAGACAGGAAGAGUGCGCUCCCGGUGGCUGCUUGCUCGAGUUGUCUAUUCAGUUGGCUAUCAUAAUGAUCGGCAAACAGUUCAUCAACACCGUCGUAGAGAUGAUGAUGCCGUACGUCCUCAAGUGGUGGAACAUCAUUCGCACCAUCGGAAGGAAAAACAGAAUAAAAAGUCCGAUGCAGUGGGUAAAGGACUUCAAGCUGGUUGAUUUUGGGAACAUGGGACUUUUUCCGGAGUACCUCGAAAUGGUGCUUCAAUACGGUUUCGUGACGAUAUUCGUGGCGGCGUUUCCGCUGGCUCCAUUCUUCGCGCUGAUCAACAACAUCCUAGAGAUGCGCCUGGAUGCCAAGAAGUUCCUCACUUGCUACCGGCGGCCCGUGCCGCAGCGAGUCAACGACAUCGGGGUGUGGUACCGCAUACUCGACUCCAUCGGGAAACUGAGCGUCAUUACCAACGGCUUCAUUAUCGCGUUCACAUCCGAGUUCAUCCCUCGUCUGGUGUACCAGUACUCGAACGGCUCGUUGGACCAGUAUGUGAACCACACACUCGCGGACUUCAACAUCACCGUGCUGGAGCACCCGCCCAUAAAAACAAAUUACAAUCAAACUAUGUGCAGUUAUCCUGGUUAUUGGUAUUACAAAGAAGGUGAUAAUUAUGCGCAUUCGAACUUCUAUUGGCACAUAAUAGGUGCUCGGCUGGCGUUUGUGGUUGUUUUUGAGAACGUGGUGGCGCUGGUGAUGAUUAUAGUCCGCUGGGCGAUCCCGGACAUGUCGACCGAGUUGCGCGACCGCAUCCGGCGCGAAGCGUACGUCAUCAACAGCUUCAUCCUGGACGAGACGCGCGCGCGCACGCUCGCCGAGCGCCCGAGCACGCUCGCCCGCACGCAAGGCGAUAGGACUGGUUCGGAUUGGAAUCACAUCGCUGCACUGUCGGGUUCAGAUUUCGACCUCGCGGCGCACGGAGAACAUCAGAACAUUGCAGAUAUCGCCAAGCACGUUGUUGUUCACACGCCUCGAGAGGAUCAACCUGGACCGGCGCACGUAUAG